GCAUUUAUGUAUAGCUGAAUACAGUUCGUUCGCGCGAUUCAGACCAAUCUUUUCGAGAACUUGUGGGCGUGGUGGCAAUGCAAGUGAAAACGCCGAUCUGCCUGCUGCAACUCUUGUUGCUGCAUUCUUUGGCCUGGGUGCAAGCGCGUCGCGGCUUUGGUCCCGGUGAUCAGGACUGGGGCUAUGUGGAGGUACGCGAGGGAGCUCACCUCUUCUACUGGCUGUACUAUACGACGGCGAACGUGAGCGCUUAUACGGAUCGACCGUUGGUCAUCUGGCUACAGGGUGGUCCCGGCAUCGCCUCCACGGGCUGCGGCUGCUUUGAGCAGCUGGGCCCCAUUGAUAUUGAGGGCAGGCCACGUGACAGCAAUUGGGUGCAGCAUAUGAAUGUGCUUUUCAUCGAUAGUCCCGUUGGCACCGGUUUUAGCUAUGUGGAGCAGCCACAUGGUCACUAUGCGAUGCAUAAUAACCGCAUAGCACUCGAUCUGGUCGAAUUGAUGCAUCAGUUUUUGCUGCAGUAUCCUGCCUUCCAGCGCGUCCCCAUCCACAUCUUCUCGGAAAGCUAUGGCGGCAAGAUGGCGCCCGAAUUUGCCCUAGAGUUGCACUUGGCGGAGCAGCGCGGAGAGCUGGUGUGCCAGCUGAAGUCGGUGGUGAUGGGAAAUCCAUGGACAUCGCCGUUGGACAGCACGCUAUCCUAUGCACCCUAUCUGCUGCAGAUGGGCAUUGUCGAUCACGUUGGCUAUCGGGAUAUUGCCGGUGUGGCGGCCGAGAUUGCUCGCUUGGUCUAUGCUGGGAAGUGGCUACAGGCGCUCGAUCAAAGCAUCCAGGAGGUGAUUGAGACGCACACUGGCGGCGUCUUUCUAUACAAUACACAGCGACGCGUCCAUGUCAACGAUGUCUAUCGCUAUGGUGAGGAUCCCCAGCUGCGUGAGUUUAUGGUUAACAAUGUGACGCGGACACUGAAUCUGACAAACAUGUCCGAGUGGAUGGCGCAGAAUGCGACAGUCUUUAUCAAACUGGGCGGCGACAUCUUCAAGCCAGCUGUAGACAUUGUUGCCCGCCUGCUGGAUGAGACGCCGCUGCGUGUGGGCGUCUAUUCGGGGAUGCUGGAUCUGCUGUGCGCCACACCCGGCACCGUCAACUGGAUCAAUCGGAUGCAGUGGCAUCGCAAGGAUCAGUACGUGUCCGCAACACGUCGCCCCCUGCGCAUCAAAGGCAUGCUCGAGGGCUACGAGAAGCAGGGCGGUGGUUUCAGCAUGUUCUGGAUUUACCGUGCAGGUCAUCUGGUGCAGCAAGACAAUCCAGCGGCCAUGUCUCACAUCCUGCGUGAGUUUACAGGCUUCGGAUGAUGACUGACCUCUCUCUCUCUCUCUCUUUCUCUCACUCACUUUCUCUCUGUGUGUUCUCCGAAAUAAAGUAUGAACUGAAAUUAAUGUGUGUUUGCUUAA